CAUCUUUCCGAGCUAGAAAUAAGAAGCCCUAAGCUCAUUUGCUUCUCUUCUCGAUGAGAUUUCACUAAAACGAGAUUCUAUUGCAGAUUGAACGAUAACAAGAUCUCUCGAUUGGUGUUCGCCCAACAGGACUGAUGCUGUGACCUAUCUUUCUGUUGGAAUAGUACACCUGUUGUGGCUGAGAUUUGCUGAGGACCAGCUUCCUUUGCCCUUUCUAUUGAAUUAUCAUUUCUAUUUUGAGCGUUUCUUGUAACAUGGAACAAUGUCAAAUAUACUAUACAAUAAUUUUGUAACUAAUAUGUGUAUUCGAUAGACGUGGAAAGGAGAAACAAAUCACUUCUUUUAUGGUGGAUUCCUGAUCACCUGAAUUUUGGAAAACAUCUUUCUCUGUCGUCAAUGGAGAGCUUAGCGCAACUAGAAGCGUUGUGCGAAAGGCUUUACAAUUCCCAGGAUUCGGCUGAGCGAGCUCAUGCAGAGAGCACUCUGAAAUGCUUUUCUGUGAACACCGAUUACAUUUCGCAAUGUCAAUAUAUUUUGGACAAUGCAUUGACUCCAUACGCAUUGAUGUUGGCUAGUUCGAGUUUGUUGAAGCAAGUAACGGAGCACAGCCUCUCUUUGCAGCUCCGUCUGGAUAUCCGAAACUACCUUCUAAGCUAUCUGGCCACCAGAGGACCUGACUUGCAACCUUUUGUAACUGCUUCCCUGAUUCAACUGUUUUCUCGAGUCACAAAGUUUGGAUGGUUUGAUGAUGACAGAUUCAAAGAGGUGGUGAAAGAGUCAAUGAACUUUUUGAGUCAGGUGUCAUCUGAUCACUAUGCCAUUGGUUUGAAGAUACUGAAUCAACUUGUGUCUGAGAUGAAUCAGCCUAAUUCGGGGUUGUCCUCAACGCAUCAUCGAAGAGUUGCCUGCUCGUUUAGGGAUCAGUCACUCUUUCAAAUUUUCCAGAUAUCGCUUACAUCAUUGGGUCAUCUUAAGAAUGAUGUUGCAAGCAGGUUGCAGGAACUGGCACUUUCGCUUUCGCUUAAGUGCUUGUCUUAUGACUUUGUUGGUACAUCCUUGGAUGAAAGUUCUGAAGAGUUUGGUACUGUUCAGAUUCCCUCCUCUUGGAGGCCAGUCAUAGAGGAUACUUCGACUUUGCAGAUCUUUUUUGAUUAUUAUGCAAUUAAUAAGCCUCCCCUCUCCAAGGAGGCUUUGGAAUGCUUAGUGCGAUUGGCUUCUGUAAGACGUUCCCUGUUCACGAAUGAUACUGAACGUUCCAAAUUUCUGGCCCAUCUCAUGACUGGAACCAAAGAAAUCUUGCAAACUGGGAAAGGCCUUGCUGAUCAUGAUAAUUACCAUGAGUAUUGUCGUCUUCUUGGUCGUUUUAAAGUGAAUUAUCAGUUGUCAGAACUUGUGAAUGUGGAAGGCUAUAGUGAUUGGAUACGUUUAGUUGCUGAGUUCACAUCAAGGUCUCUGCAGUCCUGGCAGUGGGCCAGCAGUAGUGUUUACUACCUUUUAGGGCUUUGGUCUAGAUUGGUGACAUCUGUACCUUACCUGAAGGGUGACACUCCAAGUUUGCUAGAUGAAUUUGUGCCUAAAAUAACUGAAGGAUUUAUAGCAUCAAGAUUUGAUUCUGUGCAGGCGGGAUUUCCUGAUGACCUCUCAGAGAAUCCACUGGACAAUGUUGAACUUCUUCAGGAUCAGCUAGACUGCUUUCCUUAUCUUUGCAGAUUUCAGUAUGAAAGUAGCAGUCUUUAUAUUAUUAAGAUUAUGGAACCCAUUUUGCAAACUUAUACGGAAAAAGCUCGACUUCCUGUCAGUGGAGGUGACAAUGAAAUCUCUGUGAUUGAAGCAAAACUUGCAUGGAUAGUUCAUAUUAUUGCUGCGAUUCUUAAGAUCAAACAGUGUACUGGCUAUAGUGUGGAAUCACAAGAAAUAAUUGAUGCAGAACUUGCGACACGUGUUUUGCAGUUAAUAAAUGUCACUGAUAGUGGAUUACACAGUCAGAGAUAUGAUGAAUUAAGCAAGCAAAGACUUGAUCGUGCAAUUCUUACAUUCUUUCAGAAUUUUCGAAAGUCUUAUGUGGGUGACCAGGCUAUGCAUUCAUCAAAGCAGUUAUAUGCCCGCUUGUCUGAGCUUCUAGGGCUCCAUGAUCAUCUAUUAUUGUUAAAUGUCAUCAUUGGAAAAAUUGCGACAAAUCUCAAGUACUACGCAGAGAGUGAGGAGGUUAUUGACCACACCUUAAGUUUGUUCUUGGAGCUGGCAUCUGGAUAUAUGACUGGCAAGCUUCUUCUGAAGUUGGAUACUAUUAAAGUCAUAAUUGCGCAUCACACUAGGGAGCACUUUCCAUUUCUUGAACAACCUAGAUGCUCUCGCAGUAGAACGACCUUCUACUAUACUAUUGGUUGGUUGAUCUUCAUGGAAGAAAGCCCAGUGAAAUUUAGAUCCUCCAUGGAUCCUCUUCUGCAGGUUUUCAUUAGUUUGGAGUCAACACCUGAUGCUAUGUUUCGCACUGAUACUGUAAAAUACACAUUGAUUGGGUUGAUGCGGGAUCUUAGAGGGAUUGCAAUGGCUACAAACAGUCGCAGAACAUAUGGUAUGCUAUUUGAUUGGCUAUAUCCUGCACACAUGCCUCUUCUCUUGAAGGGUGUCUCACUUUGGGCUGAUACACCGGAGGUUACAACCCCUCUAUUAAAAUUUAUGGCGGAGUUUGUGCUGAACAAAGCUCAACGUUUAACAUUUGAUUCUUCAUCUCCUAAUGGCAUACUUCUUUUCCGAGAAGUGAGCAAAUUAAUUGUUGCCUAUGGAACAAGGAUUCUAUCACUUCCCAAUGCUGCUGACAUUUAUGCUUUCAAAUACAAGGGAAUGUGGAUUUGUUUAACUAUUCUUUCAAGAGCACUAGCUGGAAACUAUUGCAACUUUGGCGUAUUUGAACUGUAUGGGGAUAGAGCACUUGCUGAUGUGCUUGAUAUUGCCCUAAAGAUGAUACUUUCAAUUCCAUUAGCAGAUAUACUUGCAUAUCGGAAGCUUUCUAGGGCAUACUUUGCAUUCCUAGAUGUUCUGUUCAGCAACCAUAUUACUUUCAUUUUGAGGCUCGAUACAAGUACAUUCAUGCACAUUGUUUUGUCUCUUGAAUCUGGUCUUAAGGGCCUAGAUUCCAAUAUUUCAUCACAGUGUGCAUCUGCUGUGGAUAGUGUGGCCUCUUUCUAUUUCAACAACAUUACAGUUGGGGAGGCACCUACAUCACCAGCUGCAGUUAGUCUAGCCCAACAUAUUGCUGAGUGCCCCAGAUUGUUUCCAGAACAGAUAUUGAGGACCCUCUUUGAGAUCGUUUUAUUUGAGGACUGUAGCAAUCAGUGGAGUCUCAGUAGACCAAUGCUGAGUUUGAUACUUAUAAGUGAACAGAUAUUCACUGAUUUGAAGGCAAAAAUUUCAGCUACACAACCAGUGAAUCAACAGCAGCGUCUUUCCCUAUGUUUUGAUAAACUAAUGGCAGACAUGACCCGGAGCUUGGAUUCUAAGAACAGGGAUAAGUUCACUCAAAAUCUGACAAUAUUUAGGCAUGAAUUCCGUGCCAAAUAACUUCCAUUCAAUGUAGCAGCUGAGUUUUUGGGAGAAUCUCUCCCUGGCAUUUUAUACCAUUUUCAGUCAAGACAUGGACUUUGGACAUCGAACUGGGUCAUCUUUUACUUCAAGUUCUUGAUCUUAUUUCCUGCCACCAGAGAGGAGGAUCUUGUUAAGAUUGCUGAGUUUCUCUGGAAUGGGCUGGUGGUCCUGUUUGAAUUAUCUGAAGGGUUGUUAAUAUUAUAUGUGUUCUUUUGGCUUAGAAUGAUCUAGGAUGUACAGUGCAGUGGUGGUCUUUGUCUAUUAUAGAUGGGUUCAGAAUGUGCAGAAGCUGAUGACAGGCAAUGUUUUAGUGUUGGUGUCUCUUCUGGAGCUUCUGUGGAAAUUCAAUUCUUUCUUAAUAGUAGAAAAUGGUUGUAAAUGAUUCAUAAAUUUGAUAUAAGAAAAAGGUCAUUUGAAGCA